GCAACCUCCCGGGGUUCCCGCAGUUUCCCCGCCCUGCUGGGAGAGGGAACAUGCAUUCCUGAUAGUCCCCGUUAAGUCUGGUGGGCUGCCCCCGAUUUUGGUUCUGGAACACUGUCUAGAGGUUGCAAGAUUGCUCCUUCAACCAGGUUUUGGAUUGCAUUAAACAAGGGUAGACCAGCGUUGAGGGUUUUUGGCAAGCGCUGUGCUCGGCCAUGGGGCUGAAAAGCACCCAGAAGGCCCUCUUCCCGCUGCGCUCGGUCUCGGACGUGGUGCACCUCUUCGAACUGGAGCUGCAGCGGGAGCAGCCGGACCUGGUGUUGCUCUCGCUGGUGCUCGGCUUUGUGGAGCACUUCCUGGCCGUCAACCGCGUGCUGCCCACCAACGUUCCCGGCAUCAGUUUCGAGCCAGCACAGGGUCCUGACAGCCUGACGUACUUCCCGGUGGCCGACCUGAGCAUCAUCGGGGCGCUGCAUGCCCGCUUCACCGCUCAGAUUCGUGGGGCCGUGGAUCUCUCGCUGUACCCCCGGCCGGACGGCUACUCCUCCCGGGAGCUGGUCAAGAAAGUCUCGGACGUCAUCUGGAAUAGCUUGAGCCGCUCGUACUUCAAGGAUCGGGCCCACAUCCAGUCUCUCUUCAGCUUCAUCACAGGCACCAAGCUGGACAGCUCCGGCGUGGCCUUCGCCGUCGUGGGCGCCUGCCAGGCGCUGGGGUUGCUGGACGUGCACCUGGCGCUCUCUGAAGACCACGCGUGGGUCGUGUUCGGCAAGGACGGCGAGCAGACAGCAGAGGUGACGUGGCACGGCAAGGGGAAUGAGGACCGGCGUGGGCAGACCAUCGGCUCCGGCGUGGCGGAGCGGAGCUGGCUGUACCUGAAGGGCUCCUACCUGGGCUGCACCCGCCAGAUGGAGGUCGCGUUUAUGGUGUGUGCGAUCAACCCCUCGAUAGACCUGCACUCGGACAGCCUGGAGCUGCUGCAGCUGCAGCAGAGGCUUUUGUGGAUUCUGUAUGAUUUGGGGCACCUGGAGAGGUACCCCAUGGCAUUGGGCAACCUUGCUGACCUCGAGGAGCUGGAGCCCACCCCUGGCCGCCCCGACCCCCUCUUCAUCUACAACCAGGCUAUCAACUCAGCUAAGCAGUAUUACCGAAACGAGCACAUCUACCCGUACAUGUACCUGGCCGGCUACCACUGCCGUAACAAAAACGUCAAGGAAGCGCUGGAGGCCUGGGCGGACUCGGCCACGGUGAUCCAGGACUACAACUACUGCCGAGAGGACGAGGAGAUCUACAAGGAGUUCUUUGACGUGGCCAACGACGUGAUCCCCAAUUUGCUCAAAGAGGUGGCCAGCUUGGCCGACUCGGCAGAGGAGAAGGGCGCCGGCGAGCGAGGCGAGGCUUCCCCGUCCCAAGCCGGAGGCUCGGCCCUGCAGGACCCGGAGUGCUUCGGCCACCUGCUGCGCUUCUACGACGGGAUCUGCAAGUGGGAAGAAGGGAGCCCCACGCCGGUCCUGCACGUGGGCUGGGCCACGUUCCUCGUCCAGUCGCUGAGCCGCUUCGACGGCACGGUGCGGCAGAAGGUGACGCUGGUGAGCCGGGAGGUGGACGCCAACGAGGACGACGACCAGGGCAGCGAAGACCCGCGGGAGGGGCGCCGCCGGGGGCCCCGCCGGGAGUCCAAGCCAGAGGAGCCGCCCCUGCCCAAAAAGGUGACCGAGCGCCGGCGGCCCAGCUCUGGCCAGCGGGUGGACAGGCCUCCUCUAGAGAAGGAGGAGGGCCCUGGCAGUGGCCCCAGCCCGCCUCCGGAGGGGCCCGUCCUCACCUUCCAGAGCGAGAAGAUGAAAGGCAUGAAGGAGCUGCUGGUGGCCGCCAAGAUCAACUCGAGCGCCAUCAAGCUGCAGCUCACGGCCCAGUCCCAGGUGCAGCUCAAGAAGCAGAAGGGCUCCGCGCCCCGAGACUAUUCCCUGUCCUUCCUCAAGCGGCCCCGCAAGUCCCUCUGAGCACCCCGGUGCCGGUGCCGGUGCUGGCGGCACUCCAGGAAUCCGGGAGGGCGGCUUGUGGCAGUGAGACCUCCCAGCUGUGCUGGGCCGGGCCGGGGCUGGCCGGACGUCCUGGGCUUCGGCCUGCGCCAGCCCCUCUCCCGAAAAAGCAGGACAAGAAUCCCCCGCUUGGACACAGGGCGGGGGGCAGCGCUCCCCGGGGGUCCUGUGCUGCUGAUGCAGCAGCCCCUUUCUGGAAGCAAGAUCUCAGGUGCGAGCUCAUGGCCCGCCAAAGCCAUGGGACUUGGGGUUUCAAGGUGUCAGAAGAGAAGGGAGGUGGGGGGCAGAGGUGGACGGGUGAAAAAGGAAAAACAGAAAGAGGGAUUUGGUGUGGGGGGGGUCUUUGGCUUUUGAUUUCUCACCCCCAAAAUGACAGGAAACCAGGUCAGCGUUUGUACCCAUCACGUUACAUGGAUUUUUUUAACUUCUGAAAGAGGGUUGGAUGAAUAAAUUUUGCAAGGCUUUUUCUAAAAAUGAA